UUUUCUGGCUAAUUUGUAUGCUUCAUCUUUUGUUUUGAUACUAUCCCUGAUUUCCCUUGUUAUCCACGGAUGCACUACCUUCCCUGAUUUAUUCUUUUGCCAAACUGGGAUGAACAAUUGUUGUAGCUCAUCCAUGCAGUCUUUAAAUGCCUUCCAUUGCAGAUCCACCGUCAACCCAUUAAGAAUCAAUUGCCAGUCUAUCUUGGCCAAUUCACGUCUCAUACCCUCAAAGUUACCUUUCUUUACGUUCAGGACCCUUGUUUCUGAAUUAACAAUGUCACUCUCCAUCCUAAUGAAGAACUCAACCAUAUUAUGGUCACUCUUGCCCAAGGGGCCACACACAACAAGACUGCUAACUAACCCUUCCUCAUUACUCAAUACCCAGUCUAGAAUAGCCUGCUCUCUCGUUGCUUCCUAUACAUGUUGACGUGGAUAAGCUUUUUCCAUUGAGAGUAGGGAAGACUCAAACAAGAGGACAUGAUUUGAGAAUUAAGGGACAAAAGUUUAGGGGUAACAUGAGGGGGGAACUUCUUUACUCAGAGAGUGGUAGCUGUGUGGAAUGAGCUUCCAGUGGAAGUGGUGGAGGCAGGUUCGAUUUUAUCAUUUAAAAAUAAAUUGGAUAGGCAUAUGGACGGGAAAGGAAUGGAGGGUUAUGGUCUGAGUGCAGGUAGAUGGGACUAGGGGAGAGUAAGUGUUCGGCACGGACUAGAAGGGCCGAGAUGGCCUGUUUCCGCGCUGUCAUUGUUAUAUGGUUAUAUGUUAUAUGGUUAUAUUUCUCCAGCAUAUCUUCAGCCUGAGCCUGGGCCUGUGAUGAGGUACAGCCGGCUCUGUCCCUUCUUGUACAGGACCUCAGCGUUCCUGGACCCGUCCAGUUUACACUCCAGUUUGCUCCCUAGCAGUGCAGUGCAGUGCAGUGCAGGAUGGUGUGUUAGGCCCACUGCAGAAGUAAUGGAACAUGACUCUCACAAUGCUUCCCAGGAGAUGAGGAGAAAUCCAGAUGGGCACAGAUGAGGAGAAAUCCAGAUGGAACAGGCGGAUGAUGGCGUCCUCAACACCCCGUCUCUGUUUGGACCUGGAGCUGACCCUCUGGGUGACCAUUCUGGCCGUCAUCUGGCUGCACUCCUUCGCUGCCGACACCAAGCUGGAGUGGGAUCUCCUGGUCAACAAGUCCCUCUCCUGGGUCAAGGCCACGGGAGCUCCUGACCUUGCGGACUGUGUGAAAGCAGCAAACGCUCUUUUGAAAACCUGCGUUCUGCCCAAGACGCUGGGACUGUGAGGGGGAGGCGUGAAAAUGGUGCAUCGACCCAGAGAGUCGACCUGUGUCCCUCCCGCUGUGUGAUCUCCGCUGUUAUUGCUUCCCCUCUUGUAUCCGGGCGGCUUCGAUCCGGACAAACCUACCCCUGACACCUUGUGUUGGCCGACGGAGUUGUCAUCACUGCCCCCCUCUGCUUCAUGUAACACCGUUACUGUUCCAAUAAACCUGCUUGUUGCCUCAGUC